GCUCAGAAGCCGACCCGCCUUUUAUCCCCCUGAUCUCCGGGAGGAUGAGCAGCACAGAGAGUAAUGUGGUGGAACAGGCGAGCUGUCGUCCGGAUUCAGCCAAAAGCACGAAGAGCUCGCACUUAUCGACUAAAGCAUCUCCCGGAGCGGGUUACAGAAACGCACCGCGAGUGGCGGCCAACGGCGUGCACGACAUCGAGGACCGCAUUUUACGCAUGACGGGCUACUAUGGCUACUACCCUGGAUAUUCCAGCCACAGGAGAGAUGAAGGUUCAGACUCCCACAUCGAUACUCCGGGCAGUGAGACGAGCGGCGAAGUCACUGCCUAUCAGGCUUGUGCCAACGUGGCUCUGAAGGUCGUAGGCGGCCUGCUGCUGGUGCUGUGUGUGUCUUCGUCAUGGGUGGGCACCACUCAGGUGGUCCAGUGGACUUUUAAGUCCUUCUCUUGCCCUUUCUUCAUCUCCUGGUUUAGCACCAAUUGGAACAUCCUCUUUUUUCCUCUCUACUACUCUGGUCAUGUGGCCAUCACAAGGGAAAAGCAGACACCCAUUCAAAAAUUCAGGGAAUGCAGUCGAUUGUUUGGGGAAGAAGGAAUGACGCUGAGGCUCUUUCUAAAGAGAACAGCACCUUUCUCCAUAUUAUGGACGCUGACUAACUAUCUGUAUGUGCUGGCAUUGAGGAAACUAACAGCCACAGACGUUUCAGCACUCUACUGUUGCCACAAGGCUUUUGUCUUCCUCCUGUCCUGGAUCGUCCUUAAAGACCGCUUCAUGGGUGUGCGGAUUGUUGCUGCCAUUAUGGCCAUCACAGGAAUUGUCAUGAUGGCCUAUGCUGAUGGCUUCCAUGGAGACUCAAUCAUAGGUGUGGCUCUAGCCGUGGGCUCGGCCUCCACCUCGGCACUCUACAAGGUUCUGUUUAAGAUGUUCCUGGGCAGUGCCAACCUGGGAGAAGUUGCCCACUUCUUCUCCACCAUGGGAUUCUUCAACCUGAUCUUCAUCUCCUGUGUGCCCCUCAUCCUCUACUUCACCAGAGUAGAGCACUGGGGCUCGCUGUCAUCUUUGCCAUGGGGUUACCUGUGUGGCGUGGCUGGCCUGUGGCUGGUAUUCAACAUCCUGGUAAAUGUAGGUGUGGUUCUCACCUACCCCAUCCUCAUAUCGAUUGGGACUUUACUCAGCGUUCCAGGGAAUGCAGCGAUCGACGUGCUGAAGCAUGAGGUGAUCUUCAGCGUGGUGCGUCUGGCCGCAACCUGCAUCAUCUGUGUGGGCUUCCUGUUGUUGCUGCUGCCUGAGGAGUGGGACACGGUCACACUGCGCUUCCUCGCCACACUCGCUGACAAGAAGUCAGAGGAGCACGGAGAGGAGCUGACAGAGUCCAGUGUCAAUAUGCGCAGCCGCAGCAGAGCUAACGGUGCUGUCUCAAUCCCCUUGGCAUGAACUCUGACCUCUAGUCCUUGGCCCUAGAGCUAAGAGUGCUAGAGAUCCGCCAUGAGGCAGUGCCUGAGUCGUGGUACUUUGAGUGAAAGAGUGGAGAUUCUUAAAGAAACAAAGUGGAGAUAAAGGAGAACUAGGAUCAUAACAUGCUGUGACGACAGUCACAAUAUCAACUGUGUGUAAAAGUGGGCGGAGCUGAACAUCAGAGGCUCAUAGCACCACUUCCUUCUCCCUUAAGAGAGAUGGCAGAGGAGCAUUUUACAGACUGUGCUGAGGAGGAAAUUCUCCCUUUAUAAAAGAAAGAUUUAGUUAUGGUAUUUGUUUUUCAUGCUGGGAUUUCACGAACUCUCGUGAUUAAUGGAGUACAUAGCCUUUUCUGUUUGCACGCCUUCAUCCCAGCUAUGCCUGCUGAACCCUCACAUGGACUGUAUUCUGUGAAUAUAGACUCAUUCAGGGCCAAUUUGGCCCAAUGUAUUAAAAUGCAUGCAUCUGAGAGAGAAGCGUAUA